AAGCAACGGGCUACGUCCAUUGCCGGGAAAGAGGCAAUGGAAGAAGCCAAGGUGCCUGGUAGUGUGAGUUACUAGCAGGUUUUGGUUGUUGUUCUCAUUCGAAGUUGAAUAGGACGCCUAUAGUCGAGAAAACCUGCAGAUUUUUCUACUCUGGUCAGUCUGAUUCACAACUCCCUGCCUCCGGUGUUAGUUCUGACAUGGUAGAAACUAAAUGAGCUGCCAACUACGACGAAAUCAGAACCGGGGUUCGUCCUGUGGAGAGUGUUGCUACCAACCAGUUGUGGUUUGCCGAUUUGCCAUUCGCCACUUCUGUCUUGAAGUGCUUCGAAAACGUCAAGUGCAAUAAGAAAAAACAACAACAAAAAUCCAAAAAACAAAAAACAAAAAAAAGAAAGAACAAAAAAGACGAGAAAAUCAAAAAAAAAAAAAAAAAAAACGAAAGCAAGAAUUGAAGGUUUCAACUUGCAGUUAUGGUUUGAAAAACUCCUGCAAUUGGUUCACCAUUUGAGAAAUUCAAGUAGUGCAGCGUUCUGUUGUGUUGCAUUGUGCUAUUCGAAAAGUGAAUGACUCGAUGCUGUGAUCAACGUGUUUAGUAUAUACGAUAGUGUAUACGAUAGCUUGAUGGACUUCGAUAGAAGUGGUGGUACAUGCCAAUGACGACGAAUUUAUGUUGCUCAUGAUUCGUCGUUCAUUUUCCAGUUUAGCAAAGACGUUACUGUAGGCAAGACUCGAACUGAUUAUUGCACUGCCGAUUAACCCUUUAGCCGUUCCAAAUGUCGACAUCGUAAACUGCCAACCACAAGAAAUUGAACCAUUUUUCUUUUUGUUCGUUCUGAAUGCUUGCAAGUUCUCCGUAUGUGCGUGUGAGAAGCUGAGUCGGCGAGAGUGAAAAAAAGACCGAGCCAUGGGAAAUGCAGCCACAACGAAAAAAGGCGAUCCCACUGAAAAUGUCGAAGAAUUCUUACGUGAAGCCAAGGAGAAGUUUGAAGAACAAUGGAAAAACCAAUCUCAGAAUACGGCGUGCUUAGAUGACUUCGACCGAAUUAAGACCUUGGGAACGGGCUCAUUUGGUCGUGUAAUGCUCGUUCAACACAAAUCGACCAAAAAGUACUAUGCCAUGAAGAUUCUUGAUAAACAAAAGGUAGUGAAAUUGAAACAGGUGGAACAUACGCUGAAUGAAAAGAGAAUCUUGCAAGCAAUUAGCUUCCCCUUCCUCGUCAGCUUAGAAUAUCACUUCAAGGACAAUUCUAAUUUGUACAUGGUUCUUGAAUACGUUCCUGGCGGCGAAAUGUUUUCUCACCUAAGGAAAAUUGGGCGGUUUAGCGAACCUCAUUCACGGUUUUAUGCAGCCCAAAUCGUCUUGGCCUUUGAAUAUCUCCACUACCUGGACCUUAUAUAUAGAGAUUUGAAACCUGAAAAUCUUCUGAUCGACAGUCAUGGAUAUCUUAAGGUGACAGACUUUGGGUUUGCCAAAAGAGUCAAAGGAAGAACAUGGACUUUGUGUGGAACUCCUGAGUACCUUGCCCCUGAAAUUAUUCUCAGCAAAGGUUAUAACAAAGCUGUUGAUUGGUGGGCCCUUGGUGUGUUGGUUUAUGAGAUGGCAGCUGGCUAUCCACCUUUUUUUGCAGAUCAACCUAUUCAGAUUUAUGAGAAAAUUGUCUCAGGGAAGGUUCGAUUUCCGUCUCACUUCAGUUCUGAUCUAAAGGAUCUGCUGCGUUACUUGCUACAAGUUGAUCUUACGAAGCGUUUUGGUAAUCUAAAGAAUGGGGUCAACGAUAUAAAAAAUCAUCGCUGGUUUCAGUCAACCGAUUGGAUUGCCAUCUACCAAAAGAAGGUUGAGGCGCCUUUCAUACCCAAGUGCAAAGGACCAGGUGACACAAGUAACUUCGACGAUUACGAAGAAGAAGCACUAAGAAUUUCAUCGACAGAAAAAUGUGCUAAAGAGUUCGCUGAGUUUUAGGAUCACAGAAGAAUCGGC